AUUGUAAUAUUAUAUAGGCACAACUUUCAUUGGGCAUUUUUUUGGCAGUAACAGCAUGGAGUAUUACAGAAAUUAUUCGUUAUGCUUAUUAUGCACUUAAUCUAUUUCAAGUUUCUCCUCAAUUACUUACAUGGUGUCGAUAUUCAUUUUUUAUUGUACUCUAUCCAUUGGGUGUAACAGGUGAAAUUCUAACAAUAAUAAAAGCCAUGCAAACAAUCUAUCCAGAAAUUGUUCGAAAUCGAUAUUCAAUUGUUUUACCAAAUAAAUUUAAUUUUGGUUUUGAUUAUUUUUAUUUUCUUUGCGUUGUUCUUCUUGCUUAUACAUAUUUUCCAACAAUGUACAAGCAUAUGUUUAAACAACGUGCUAAAACAUUGAAUACUUCACCAUCAAAAAAGAUUCAAUAA